GUCAUAAUAGUAGAAUUGUGGCUGCAACGAACUAAGGUAGCUGCUUUCAGUGGUCUUAUGAGAGAGAGAAAAAUUAGUUGGCGCAGAGAACGUAGAUUUCAAUUCAAAGUCCACACGGAAAAUACGAGCAACGCUGGGUUCAACAACUAGUAUAUUCAUAAGGAAAAAUUCAAAUAUCUGCGCACAGUGGUUCAACUAUGAUUCACUCCAACGCAAUUGUAUUCCUCCUGGGCCUAUUCUCACCGUUAGUUUAUUCCCGUACAUGUCGUAUGGAAGACGACGUGUGUGAGUUUAAGCUGAUAAUUGCGUAUAAAUUAACUAUGUUAGUUAAUCGUACCUUGGUAAAAUCCUACGAUGCAAAACUCUACAGAUAUGACGCCACUAAUUUAACAACUGCUCAACCGAUACCAACUGAUGAAGUUAUUACUAUGGAUGGUUACUCUCAGCCAAUGAAGGUGAUUGCAGUUAAUGGUACAGUUCCAGGACCAACAAUAGAAGUUUAUAAAGGACAAAGAGUCAUCAUUGAAGUAGAAAACCAUUUAUAUUCAGAAAGUACGACAAUACAUUGGCACGGCUUGCAUCAAAGGGGAACAUCACACAUGGAUGGCGUAGCUUGGAUUACACAAUGCCCUAUUCAACCAGGUCAAUCAUUCAGGUAUGAAUUUAAUGCUACACAAACUGGAACUUACUGGUACCAUUCUCACACUGGGUCACAGCGUACUAUGGGAGAAUUUGGUGCUUUAAUACUACACGAAAAGACAAAGCCUAAAAUGGAAGAACAUAUAAUGUUAGUUUCAGAUUACAAUCAUGAGUGGGAUUCCGACAUGACUUUUAUAAAAAUGAUUUACGGAGUUUAUUUGAAUGGUAAAAAAGUUACAAAUUCUAGAUCCGCUGACGGAGCGCUUUUUAGUCUUUUUAAGUUCCAUUCUGGUCUUGUGAAUGGUCGAGGCCGCUAUUACGAUGAAUCAGGGAAUCACAAUGGGGCCCCGCUGACUGUCUUUGAAGUAGAAACAGGUAAACAUUAUCGUUUUAGAGUGAUCGCUGCAGGGGCUCUGUACCCAUUUGAAGUAUCUGUUGAUGGUCACCAGAUGGUGAUCGUUGCCUCUGAUGGCUAUGAACUAAAACCAACACCUGUCGAUUACUUUAUCAUCAACCCGGGUGAGAGAUUUGACUUCACAAUACAUGCAAAUAACUCUGUCGGGAAUUACUGGAUCCGUGGAAAGACGCUGGAAAUAAACAGAAAUAGUACAUUUGAAGCAAUUCUUCGAUAUAAGGGUGCACCGGUCGAAGAACCUAACUCCACAGUUUCUGACUGCAUUCAACAAAAGAACUGCACUUUACUCAACUGUCCCUUUCGUUAUGAUCCCUAUAAAAGUGAUAAACCAUGUUUAAACUUUGGUGACUUAGAGUCUAAUUAUCAAGAUGUUGUACCGCCUUUCCGGCCUGGAAAGUUUGAGGAACAUUUUUUGAAUUUUGCAUUUCCUGGUGAACCUGGGCACACACCUUCAUCAGUAAAUGGACGGGCGUUCAAGGAACCCGGUGUAAACCUUUUAACACAACCGAACGAAGUAAAAACUCGGUGCGAUAGUACCAAAUGUGGCGUUGAUAAAGUGUGCCAUUGUACUCAUUCCUUAAAUCCGAUACCCGAUAAUACUGUCCAGAUUGUAAUGACAAACUUGGGAAAAGGCAAAGGAUUCUCCCACCCCGUACACAUGCACGGACAUUCAUUUUAUGUAGUUAAAUUGGGUUUUGCGAAAUACAAUGAAACAGCGGGAGAAAUUAUACAUGAUACUAAAGAUAUUGAUUGCAGAGGUGAUCCGAAAAUGAACUAUUGUAAUGAUGCAGCUUGGUCAAACGGCAAUUGGGAGGGAGACAACAUUCCCGGAAUGAAUUUACGAAACGCCCCUCGAAAGGAUACAAUUAUGGUCCCUACAGGUGGAUACGCUGUAGUGAGAAUACGGGCCGAUAAUCCUGGAAUGUGGUUUGUGCACUGCCAUAUUGAAUUACACAGUAUGGAUGGAAUGGCUCUUGUUCUUAACGAAUCUUUCGCGCAGUUGCCAAAAGUGCCGGACAAUUUCCCACAGUGUCGUGGUUUCGGGAAGGCGAUUUAUAACCUGAAAGAAGAUACUGAAAAGGAUGACCACAAGGACAAAAGUGGUGAACAUAAAGAGAAUCAAAAACAGAAAGAUAAUGAUAAAGAAAUGGAUGACCACACGCACUCAAGUGCUGAAUAUAUAGAGAGACAAAGAUUAGAAAAUGAACACGCUGCUAUAACCAACCCAACAGUACGAGUGGCACUUGGAGUUCUAAUCGCUGUCAUAUGUGUCCUUGCAAUUCUUGUUGCUGUUCUUGUGUUCAUUGUUGUAAGAAAGCAAAAGGAUUAACUUGAAAUCACUUGAAAUCAAUACAAUCAUAGAAAGCACUGG